AUGGCCACAGGAACCCAGGGCCACCGUGACCACAUCUUGGAGAAAGCCAAGCUCACGCCACCCACGGGGAGGCGCAGGAGAGCCGAGGGGAAGCCCAAGAAGAACUUCCCCUGCCAGGAGUGUCAGAAAGCUUUCAACAGUCUGGAGAAGUUGAAGGUGCACUCGUACUCUCACACAGGAGAAAGACCAUACCGCUGCUCCCACCCCGACUGCACCAAGGCGUUCGUCUCCAAAUACAAGCUGCUAAGGCAUAUGGCAACUCACUCGCCGGAAAAAAACCACAAGUGUUCAUACUGUGAGAAAAUGUUCCACCGCAAGGAUCACUUAAAGAACCACCUGCACACUCACGACCCGUACAAGGAGGCCUUCACCUGUCAGGAGUGCGGCAAGAGCUACAACACCAAGCUGGGCUUCAAACGCCACCUCGCCCUCCACGCCGCCAACAGCGGAGACCUCACCUGCCAGGUGUGCCUGCAGCCGUUCCCCAGCACCGGGGUUCUUCUCGAGCACCUCAAAACGCACGCUGGCAAGUCCUCAGGCGGGACCAAAGAGAAGAAGCAUCGCUGCGAGCACUGCGAGCGCCGAUUUUACACCCGGAAGGAUGUGCGACGCCACAUGGUGGUGCACACUGGACGCAAGGACUUCCUGUGUCAGUACUGUGCCCAGCGCUUCGGCAGGAAGGACCACCUGACACGUCACAUGAAGAAGAGCCACCCCCAGGAGCUGCUGAGGGUAAAAACUGAGCCAGCUGAUUCGCUGGAGCCCAUUGUCUACGACCUGGCGUCCGGGGGCAUCAAGGGCGAGCUCCCGGGGAUGCUGACGCCGAGGCCACACCAGCUCAACAUGUACACAGGCCCCGUCCUGGACACAGAGCCCUUCCCCCCCCACACACACCCCUUCUCUCUGAAGUACCCACUGGGCUCCAACUUUACCUCAUACAGCGCCUCCUCUGCGGAGCGGGAGCACCACCUAAAGGGAGAACUGGAGACCUACCUGAUGGAGCUGCAGAGCAGCAUGCCCUCCUCCUCCUCUGCUGCCCCAGAACCACAGCUCUCCUCCUCCAAACUGGAGCUGGAGCCUCAGGUGGGGGGGCUGGAGGGGGCGAGCGAGGACGUGUCCCUGUCCAAAAUGUCCACGGCGGCGGCAGCCGCUGCGGGCGACUCUCUGGCCUCGUCCUCCUCUCUGAUGGACUUCUCACAGCUUUUCAACUUCCUUCCGCUCAACGGGCCCCCAUACAACCAGGCGGGGGGCAGCGGGGGGCAGGGUGUCGCCUACCCACCCGCCGAAGAGCCCGCACCUCUCGUCCAGCUGCCCCCCCAGUCCUCUGAGGGCCCGGAGGCUGCAGAGAGUCCACUACAGGGGCUCCCCUUCAUAUCCAACCUGAGCACCCCCACCACACUGCCCCGCUUCCACCAAGCCUUUCAGUGA